GUAGUUGGGGGUAUUUCGCCCUAACACCAUUAAACAUCAAGUGAAGAAAACAAAGCCAUGACCCCGGAAACAAACUGAAGGAUACGUUAGGGAGGUGGUUUUGAGUCUUUCAACAAAGAUAUCACUGUCAGAAACGAGUUUGUUAAAACAAUUUAAAACAUUGUGGUGCUUCGCUGGAAUCCAAUGGGUCCCUUGCCUUUUGCUUCAUUAAGACUAAUGGUCCCACCUCUUCGAGUGAUGUCUGCCAUCAUCUGGAAGGUGAUUCACUUGCGAAGCGUAAGGCAUUAUGGGAGGGUGGUGGAAUUUAUCACUUUGGUGAAUGAGGCAAUCCCUGAUAUCCUGACGCACAAACAGAGGACGUUGAUUACUGUGGGAUUGAAACUAAAGAUGUCUUUACAGAUGUUAAGCUCUGAUCAAGAUGUCAGAUGUGUUGAAGCUGCAUUGGAGAGCGUUCUACCUGGGAGUUCAGAGCAGGCUCAUCCAUCAAAUAAAGAUUUUGAGAAGAACUUAAUCGAUCUUGUUCAGAAACUUGGAGCUGACCAUGAAUGGAGAGAGCACUUCCUAAAGAAUGAGUUCCCUGUGCAUUAUGGGCCAGACUUUGAUACAGCACUGGAAACUUUGGUGUCCGAGUUUCUCACCAGAUUGGAUGAGUUGCUGCUAAUUCCAGAUUUUAAACAGACUUCUUUGUGGAUUGGUGAUGAUGCAUCAUCCUUGCUAGAAGAGUACACGCGGUAUACAUCUGAAGCUGAGGACUUCACAGCACUGCUCCAAGGUGCAAUACAAAGAGGAAAUUUAGCCAAGAUGCACACCAGUGACCUGUCUACCUCAGAACAAAAACUCGUCUCAUCACUGGCUGUACCUGUCCCAAUCACAGAGACAAACUCACCUUUUAAGACUGUCGAUAACAACUAUCAAGAGUGCUUCUCACCGGCAGAUGUUGACGAAAUAUCUUGGACAAUUGUGGUUCAUCAGGAACCGGAGAUUUGCUCUCAGGAAGAAACAGUUCUAACAACUCUGAACGUUAGCAAGGAAGACGAAAUAACGGUCGAGCUUUGUGUUUCGGAUGACCAAAAUGUAGCCACUAGCCCAGCUCCUUCCACAUCAGCUCUCCGUUGUGUACCGUCCAGCUUUACGGCAGCCCCUCAGCGGGAAAGAGUUGCUCACAGAUGUUCUUACUGUAGUAAGAGUUAUAUUUAUCGUUACGAACUUUUGGAACAUCAGAGGAUCCACACAGGAGAGACGCCUUACAAGUGUACUCAAUGUGGAAAGGCCUUUAGGAGAAGCUCAGAUCUGUCUAAUCACAGGCGGUUACAGUGCGCAAAAGCUGCCUACCUUUGCCUCAAAUGCGGCAGUAAUUUUCAGUCAGUACAGGAUAAAUUUAAACACCGGUGUGUUCAAAGUGCACCAAAAUAUCGCUGUUCACAUUGCGGAAAAAGCUUCAAGGGGAAGUGCCAGUUAGAAAAGCAUGAAGUGAUCCACACUAGGAAGCGGAUUUUCACAUGCAAGCUGUGUGGAGACAAAUUCUCUGGUAUGAGUGAACUGAUAUUUCAUCGAAAGACGCAUCCCGUGGGGCCGUCUAAUCAGUGCUCGCAUUGUGGGAAAAUGUUCCCCUCUCCAGCGUCCUUGGUAACUCAUGAAGAGCGUCAUGGACAAAAGAAGACCCACUCUUGUUCAUUUUGUGGCAAAUCCUUCAAGAACAAACACGACCUGACCCGUCACAAACGCACUCACACAGGCGAAAGGCCAUAUCAAUGCACGCACUGUGAGAAACGUUUUUACAUGUUAGCAAACCUUACCGUACACAUAAGGACCCAUACUGGCGAGAAACCAUACCUGUGUUCUGACUGUGGCAAAGCGUUUGCAUCAGCCGGUGAGCUGCAGAUACACAGACGCACCCACACAGGGGAAAGGCCCUACAAAUGCACCGUGUGUGAAAAAGGAUUCACCAUGGCACACAAACUAACACGUCAUAUGCGUGUUCACACUGGGGAGCGACCUUAUGUCUGCACAGAAUGUGGAAAAGGUUUUUCAAGCAGCGGACAAUUGAAAAUUCAUAACAUGAAUCAUACAGGAGCCCGACCCUAUGCCUGUGAGUUGUGUCCUAAAGGUUACAGGUGUCUCAAUCACCUAAAGAGGCAUUUGAAAUCUCAUGGCAUUCAACAACAAUCCACCUAAUUCGAUACGUACAUUUUUUUAUGUUGCUGUCCUUUUUACCCUGGAAUUCCACUAGCUGCAGAACAGUAUAAACAUUCACAACAAACAUUAUAACGCUUUACAUUUGUAGUAAGUAACUUUUUGAGAAAAAUGUACUACUUUCUUUUUUUACCUACAGUUAUGGGCUGUUGUCGUAAAAUAUUUUUUCCCUUUGCAAGCA